UGGCCUGGGAACGCCUUGGGGUUCCUGGAGGACCUGGAAGAGGCUGGAGAGGGAAGUCUGGGCCUCCUGAGGCUGCUGACCCCGAGACCCGACCCGGAUAAGAUGGAUGGAUGGAUGUUGAAACAGGGGAACCUCAGGAACCUCAUGUGGAUAAAUCUGCACACAGAAAGGUUCUGGAUCCUGAUUGGUUCUAUAAAACCUGACAUUCUAGAACAUGUCUGUGGGUUCUGGUCGAGUCCAGUUCUUGUCUUGACAGCCUGAUGGUCCCGCCUCCUCUCCUUGCUCCCUUCUUAUGCCUCCACCUCCGCUGUGCUCCAACAUGGUGUCACAUGACCUGCAUGUCUCUGUCCAGGAAGAUUCUGCUGAGGUUCUGGUCCAGCAGCUGCAACAGAGACUGAAAGAGACGGACUGCUUUCACAAGGGCUGGGUGCUGGUCGGGAUCCCUCAGACCCGUGUCCAGGUUCUGCAGCUCCAGCGGGCCGGAAUCAUCCCAGAACACGUUGUGAUGCUGGAGGCUCCAGAGGAGGUUCUGCUGCAGAGGAACCACGGCAGGUUCACCGACCCGGUCACUGGAGACGUCUACCAUCAGCUCUUCGUCCAGCCGGAGAACGACACCAUCAAACGGCGCCUGGAGAAGGGGCGGAGCCUGUCUGACCAGCAGCUAUUGGCCAAGGUGCAGCACUACCGCUGUGAGGUCACAGCUGUGAAAGCGGCCUAUCAGCACGUCCUGAAGGUCUUCAACGCAGACCAGCCUCCUGCUGACGUCUUCCAGCAAGCUCUGACCUUCGUCACGACCCGACGUCACUUCAGAACUCCAAGAAUAGUUCUGGUGGGCCCGUCAGGGUCCGGAAAGAGCCACCUGGCCCGGCUGGUGUCUGAGAAGUACAAAGUGGUGGAUGUGAGCUGCGGCGGCCUGCUCCGGUCGGUGGUCUCUGACGGUUCUGCUCUGGGAACUCAGAUUCAGCCCUACAUGGAUUACGGCCGCCCAGUCCCAGACUCCCUUCUGGUGCCGGUUCUGGAGGCCCGUCUGAGUCAGGUGGACUGCAGCUGCAGAGGGUGGAUCCUGCACGGCUUCCCCUGCGACAUGCAGCAGGCCAAGAGCCUACACGAGUCCCAGUACCAGCCCAACAGAGUCUUCUUCCUGGCGGCCAGUAAUGACGUCUGCAUGCAGCGGCUCUCCCUCAGAGGAACCGACCCCAUCAGCGGCGAGAGGUACCAUGCCGUGACCCAACCAGCCCCCAGCUCUGAGGUCCAGGACCGGCUCCGGACGGCUCCGUAUGACGACAGCGGGGCGGUGACCAAGAGGCUGAGGCAGUUCAGGUUCAACUAUGAAGGCCUGCAGACUGUUUAUCCAGAUGCUAUUCACCUGGACGCCGACCAGGACCCACACACUGUGCUGGAGUCUCUGGAGAGCCGCCUCUACACCACCUGAAACCUGGACACAGCUGGACUCACCUGGACUCACCUGGACGCACCUGGACGCACCUGGACGCAC